CUAUAAGUACACACACGUCAUUCAUGCUGAUAAGCUUACACUGUACCGUCUUUUCCCCAUUUCUCUGUUUCUCCCUUGGUGAUCGGAGAUUCGUAUUCGCCGGUAUAUACCUUUCCGAUGGCGGAGAAAAGCAAGAUUCUGGUGAUCGGUGGCACCGGGUACAUUGGUAAGUUUGUAGUGGAAGCGAGUGCAAAAGCCGGUCACCCAACGUUUGUUCUGGUUAGAGAAUCCACUCUCUCGAACCCUGCGAAAUCCAACAUCAUCGACAAGUUCAAAACUUUGGGAGUCAAUUUUCUUCACGGAGAUUUGUACGAUCAUGAAAGCUUGGUAAAGGCGAUAAAGCAAGUGGACGUGGUGAUAUCAACCGUUGGUCACGGCCAGAUAGUUGAUCAAGACAAGAUCAUCGCUGCCAUUAAAGAAGCUGGCAAUGUUAAGAGAUUUUUGCCUUCGGAAUUUGGGAAUGACGUGGAUCGCGUGCAUGCGGUGGAACCGGCAAAGACAGCCUUUGCCACGAAGGCUAAAAUCCGACGAGCUGUUGAAGCUGAAGGAAUACCCUACAACUAUGUGUCUUCGAAUUUUUUCGCUGGAUAUUUCCUUCCCACUUUGGCACAACCUGCAGCCACCGCACCCCCAAGAGAUAAAAUCGUCAUUUUAGGGGAUGGAAAUCCCAAAGCUGUUUUCAACAAGGAAGAUGAUAUAGGCACAUAUACCAUCAAAGCAGUGGAUGAUCCCAGAACCCUGAACAGAAUCCUCUACAUUAGACCCCCUCUCAACACGUAUUCAUUUAAUGAUCUUGUGACUUUGUGGGAAAGCAAGAUUGGCAAAACCCUUGAGAGGAGCUAUGUUCCAGAAGAACAACUGCUGAAGAACAUUCAAGAAGCUGCCAUUCCACUGAAUGUUGUAUUGGCAAUUGCACACUCUGUUUUCGUCAAAGGAGAUCACACCAACUUUGAAAUUGAAUCAUCAUUUGGAGUUGAGGCUUCAGAGCUGUACCCGGAUGUCAAGUAUACUACUGUUGAAGAGUAUCUUGAUCAAUAUGUCUGAUCCUCCUGCAUAAACGUGCAUCAGUACGAGUAAGUAUAUGCUGGCAGUAUAGAAUCCGUCAGGGAUUCACUAGGUCGUUUUUUCUUCUGCUUGUGGGCAGGGCAGCCUUUGUAAGUUGGUAGCCAAGAUCAAGAUAUGCCUGUUAGGGAUAGAUGGACUUGCAGUUUGCUAUGAAUAUAACGUAGGUAAAUAAAUGUCUACCUGUGAAUGAACUAUCAACUGCCUUUGUUUUUUCCUUUCCUCGUUCUAUCGAAUUGCGUUUGUUUUGCAA